UUUCUUUUAUCACACCUCUCAAACUCAUACUACCUAGCAUUCAUCAUUUCUCUCUCUCUCUCUUCUUAUUCAAAUUUUCCUUCGAUCAACAAGAAAGAAUUAAUGCAAUGGCAAUAGAUUGCAUGAUUAAGACACCAUCGUGCAUGUCUUCCCUCAAGGAAGAUCUCAAAGAAGACCAACAAAGGUCACUCGUGUUCGAUGCAUCAGUCCUACAACACGAAACCAACAUCCCCCAACAGUUCAUAUGGCCCGAUAAUGAGAAACCCAACUCCAAAAAAUCUAAGGACCUUGAGGUUCCUUUGAUAGACUUGGGAGGCUUCCUUUCUGGACGCUCGAGUUCAACAAAAGAAGCCUCCAAACUCGUUGGUAACGCUUGCCAAAAACAUGGGUUUUUCCUCGUGGUAAAUCAUGGAGUUGAUGCAAACCUAAUAUCUGAUGCUCAAACAUACAUGGACUUGUUCUUUGAGCUUCCCCUUUCAGAAAAGCAAAGAGCUCAAAGAAAAGCCGGUGAAAGCUGUGGAUAUGCUAGUAGCUUCACUGGAAGAUUCUCCUCUAAACUUCCUUGGAAAGAGACGCUAUCUUUCCGAUUCUCAGCCGAGAAGAACUCGGCCGAUAUAGUUAAGGACUACUUCGAGAACACAAUGGGCGAAGAAUUUGUUCGACUCGGGAAGGUGUAUCAAGAAUAUUGCAAUGCCAUGAGUAGACUUUCUCUUGGGAUCAUGGAGUUAUUGGGGUUGAGCCUUGGGGUUAACCGAUCUCACUUCAAGGAAUUUUUCGAAGAAAAUAAUUCUAUAAUGAGACUCAACUACUAUCCACGAUGCCAAAAACCAGAGCUCACCUUAGGAACGGGGCCUCAUUGUGACCCGACAUCGUUGACAAUUCUACACCAAGAUAACGUUGGUGGGCUAGAAGUGUUCGUGGACAAUGAGUGGCGUUCCAUUACACCAAAUUCAAAUGCUUUUGUUGUCAAUAUCGGUGACACAUUCAUGGCACUUUCAAAUGGAAGAUACAAAAGUUGCUUACAUAGAGCUGUGGUAAACAACAAAACUCCAAGAAAGUCACUUGCUUUCUUUCUAUGCCCAAAGAAGGAUAAGGUGGUGAGCCCACCAAAGGAAUUGGUGGAUGAAAAUAACCCAAGGGUAUAUCCAGAUUUUACAUGGGCUACUUUUCUUGAGUUCACUCAGAAGCAUUACAGAGCUGACAUGAACACCCUCCAAGCUUUUUCAAACUGGGUUGAACAGAAAACCAGCACAACUUGAUAUCACAUCGAUCAAUGUCAGCUAGUGUACUACUCUCUUUUUCUUUCCUCUCUUUGACACGCAAACAUGAAUAUAGAUGAAGCUGGAUGAUAAUUGUCAAGGAGGGUUAAAUCAAUAUGCAUGAAGAUAUAUGCAUGCUUUCAUAUCUUUCUCCUUUUUGUAUUUUUAGGGUGACAAUUGAAGGAGGAAAGCAAUGUUAAGGACCCAAGGCAAGAUUUUAAUCUUCUUUGGGGGCUAAACUAGGAAUAAAGAGAAGCAUAUAAAUGAGCCAAUUUUGUAAUUUUCUUUUGGACUAUAUGUAGAAAAGCUUAUUCAGUACCAUUAUCCUAGUAUUUUAGCUGCUACUUGUAUAUAUAAAUGCCAAAAAAAUAUUCACUCAUCA